CUGUGUUGUGAGUGUCGUACAAGCAGGCGUGAACACACAGAAAACAGGAAACCAAUGGAGAGCAACGGUCAAGAGGAGAAGACGAAAACAGUAAGCAAGGAACAAGUAAUUGCGAAACUCAAGGACGACGGCGACUUCGAUAAUCUUCGUCUCAAGAUAAUCCGCAAGCUUAAAGACAAUGAAGAAUUGCGCAAUAGCAUUAUUUCCAUUGUGAGGCAGUCAGCAGCUCUUAACCGUGCAGGGGCUGAAAACAUGAAACCCAGGCAACUUUCGGAUGCCAUAUAUAAUGAGGUUGGGAAUGAAAUGAUGAGUAAGCUUUCUGAUGGUGUGUGGGAAAUAAUUAGAUCAGGUGAUGGCAUGAAAAAUGAAAUAACAGAGACUGUACAGUCUGUCUAUAAUAAGUUGGUGGAGCCUAAAAGGAAGGAGGUGGGUGAAUCUUCUACUCAUGGAGUGGCGCUGGUUCAGAAUGAAGCUGACAAUAAGGGCCUUGUCAAGGACUCAACUGUUGCAGUGGAUGAUAACUUGUCUGAUGGUGAACUCCAAGAACCACCAGGAUUCUCUUUGUCCAUUAAUCAUCAGAACAACCAUGAACUCAAAGAGGAGUUGGAGCAGCCUAUGCAUUGCCAAGGGACUGUGGAAGAACGGAAGGAAGGGGUUAACCACUCAAAAGAUAAGCUGGAGGCUGAUGAUGUUGAUCCUGGUUUGCCACCUGGCUUUUCUACAGAUAUUGAGCAAAAGCAGCCAUGUGACGAUUGUGAUGAGGACCCUGAUGUGCCUCCUGGUUUUGGUUGAUGAGUCAGAUUCAAUGCAGUAUGUUGACACUGUUUUAGUGUUUGAUGGUGACCAUGAACGAUGUAGCUAUGAAUAUGACUGGAGGAUUCCUUUGCCUCCUUAGAAGCUUGAAAUGGAUCAAACUUGAAGAUCAGGUGAUUUUGGUAUUUUUCUCAUGCUAUUGGGUUUUUUGAUUUAGAAUAUUUACUCAGAGCUUUGUUGGGAAAGCAAAUUAUAAGAUUCUGAGUUUGACAGGGUUAUUCUCAUUGAUUCCUGCAUUAUGAAAAAUCUAUUGAGGCCAUUGAUAAUGCGGAAGUCCUUUUCCCUGAAUUUUGGGUUCAUUAGUGUGUAUUCGCAUUAUCGUUUAAGUUCAUACCAUGUGCUGUUAUUUCAAUCAACAAUCAAUGGCAGCAAACUAUUCUUUUGUGCCAGAUAUCAAGUAUUUUCUACAACAUUGCCCAUAUUUGUGUAAGCUAAAAUUCUUGAUUUUUCAAUCUUUUUGACCUUUUUUUUGGGACUUUCAACUCACCAUUAAGGUUCAGCUUCUUUGGACCCGAUGGCCCUGAUGUGUGUACAAACGGAUAGUAGCCUGGCUAUUGAGUGCAAAGAAGCUGCACGGAUGUGUUCGUUGGUUCCUCACUUAAGGUAAGUUUGGUGUCCCAUAAUAUGAUAGAUGUGUUGUUACUGUUGUAUGUCGCAUUGAAUAUGGAAAGAUGGCAAGCUGCCGUUCUGAA